CUCACUACAGUCUACAACAAUUAUCUUAAUGUUGUCACAAAAAGUACUAUUGUGGUCUUUGAUAUUUCUAGUGUGCCACUUUGCAAUAUCAUGCAAAGCCAACCAACAAAGUGAAUACCUCUACAGGUUUAUUCGAUCAAAAAUGUUUCAACAAAACCCUUCACAUGUAGAAUCUUAUUCAAGUACUAUUGUUGAUGAACAUGUUUCAAAGGUACAUGUCAAUGUUGAACAACACUUAAGGUCGAGGAAAUCUGAUAAGGUGAAGAGUUUGCCUGGACAACCAAAAGGGGUGAAUUUUGAUCAAUAUGCUGGCUAUAUAACUGUGGAUGCCAAAGCUAGGAGAAAACUUUUCUACUACUUUGUUGAAUCUCCUUCAAAUUCUUCCACGAAGCCUCUUGUUCUAUGGCUAAAUGGAGGACCUGGAUGCUCCUCAUUUGGAUAUGGAGCCAUGCAAGAAUUAGGACCUUUUAGAGUCAACAGUGAUGGAACCACACUUUCCUUUAUUAAAGAUGCAUGGAACGUUGUGGCAAAUGUUAUCUUCCUAGAGUCUCCGGUAGGAGUUGGAUUUUCUUAUUCAAAAAAACCGUUAAAUCAAACUAAUAUUGGUGACAAAAACACAGCCAGAGAUUCUUACAUUUUUCUUCUAAACUGGCUUGAGAGAUUUCCACAGUAUAAGAUUCGAGAUUUCUUCAUAACUGGUGAAAGUUAUGCUGGCCAUUAUGUCCCUCAACUAGCUCACCUUAUUCUAUCAAAUAACAAGAAAAGGAAAAAUCACAAAAUGAUCAAUUUGAAAGGGAUUGCGGUUGGGAACGGUUGGAUAGAUGACAAUUUCUGUACAAAGGGAAUGUAUGAUUAUUUCUGGAUGCAUGCUCUUAACUCUGACCAAACACAUAAAGGAAUUGAAAAACAUUGUGACUUUAGGAAGUUCAAUGUAACAAAUGAAUGUGUCGGAUAUGAAAAUAUAGCAGAUGAUGAGCUUGGAAAUAUUGACGUUUACAACAUAUAUGCCCCAGUUUGUAAUUCAUCUGCAACAAAAUAUGGUGCUAGUUACUCUGUCAGUAAUGUCGACCCUUGUGCUGAAGAUUAUACCACUACCUAUUUAAAUCUCCCAGAAGUUCAAAAGGCUCUUCAUGUUAAACGCACAAAAUGGUCUCCUUGCAGUGAUCUGAGUUGGACAGAUAGUCCAGCAAGUAUUCUGCCAACUAUAAAUGGAUUAAUAUCAAGUGGUAUAAGCAUUUGGAUGUACAGUGGAGAUAUAGAUGGACGUGUUCCCAUAAUCUCAACAAAGUAUUCAAUAAAUUCCUUAAAACUACAUGUACGUACAGCAUGGCGUCCAUGGUACACUGGAAAAGAGGUUGGAGGGUAUGUGAUUGGUUACAAAGGGCUCACACUAAUCACUGUAAGAGGAGCUGGGCACAUGGUUCCAACUGACCAACCAUACCGAGCACUAACCGUGAUCUCAUCUUUCCUUCUUGGACAACUUCCUCCUCAAUUUUUUGCAAUCUCAUGCAAAGCCAAUCAACAAAGUGAAUACCUCUACAAGUUUAUCAAAUCAAGAAGGUAUCAACAAAAGCCUUCACAUGUAGAAGCUUAUUCAAGUACAAUUGUUAAUGAACAUGUUUCAAAGGUACAUGUUAACGUUGAACAACAUUUAAGGUCGAGGAAAGCUUAUAAGGUGAAGAGUUUGCCUGGACAACCAAAAGGGGUGAAUUUUGAUCAAUAUGCUGGCUAUAUAACUGUGGAUGCCAAAGCUAGGAGAAAACUUUUCUACUACUUUGUUGAAUCUCCUUCAAAUUCUUCCACAAAGCCUCUCGUUCUAUGGCUAAAUGGAGGACCUGGAUGCUCUUCAUUGGGAUAUGGAGCCAUGCAAGAAUUAGGACCUUUUAGAGUCAACAGUGAUGGAACCACACUUUCCCUUAAUAAAGAUGCAUGGAACGUUGUGGCAAAUGUUAUCUUUUUAGAGUCUCCAGCAGGAGUUGGAUUUUCCUAUUCAAACAAUUCUUUAGAUUACUCUAACGUUGGUGACAAUCGCACAGCCAUAGAUUCUUACAUUUUUCUUCUAAAUUGGCUUGAGAGAUUUCCACAGUAUAAGACUCGAGAUUUCUUCAUAGCUGGUGAAAGUUAUGCUGGCCAUUAUGUUCCUCAGCUAGCUCAUCUUAUUCUAUCAAAAAAUAAGAAAAGGAAAAAUCACAAUGUGAUAAAUUUGAAAGGGAUCGCGGUUGGGAACGGUUUGAUAGAUGACAAAUUGUCUACAAAGGGAAUGUAUGACUACUACUGGACGCAUGCUCUAAUCUCUGACGAAACUCAUGCAGGAAUUGAAAAAAAUUGUGGUGACUUUAGGAAUGUAACAAAUUUAAGGGAAUGCUUCUUAUAUGAAUUUAAAGCGGAUGAUGAGCUUGUAGAUAUUGACGUUUACAACAUAUAUGCCCCAGUUUGUAAUUCAUCUGCAACAAAAAAUGGAGCUAGUUACUUUGUCAGUAAUAUCGACCCUUGUGCUGAAGAUUAUACCGCUGCCUAUUUAAAUCUCCCAGAAGUUCAAAAGGCUCUUCAUGUUAAACCCAUAAAAUGGUCUCAUUGCAGUGGUGUGGGUUGGACAGAUAGUCCAACUAGUAUUCUACCAACUAUAAAUCAGUUAAUAUCAAGUGGUAUAAGCAUAUGGAUAUACAGUGGUGAUUUAGAUGGGCGUGUUCCCAUAACCUCAACAAAGUAUUCAAUAAAUUCCUUAAAACUGCCUGUGCAUACAGCAUGGCGUCCAUGGUACACUGGAAAAGAGGUUGGAGGGUAUGUGAUUGGUUACAAAGGGCUCACACUAGUCACUGUAAGAGGAGCUGGACACAUGGUUCCAACUGACCAACCAUACCGAGCACUAACCAUGAUCUCAUCUUUCCUUCUUGGACAACUUCCUCCUCAAUUAAAAUCUUAA